AUGAAGCAUAAGAAAGCGUUUCACAACCGGUUCGCGCAGCUCACCGUGUUUGAAGCGGAGGUUCGGCACGAGCCAGAGGUUUGGGCCGAAGCAGAGGCUCGGCGCGAAGCUGCUGGAGGAACGACUGGCGGAGAGAGCACCGGAAAGGCGGCAGGAGAAGGCGGAACAGCUGGCGGACCAGGCGGAGACGGCGGAAAGGGCGGGGGGCAGCAAGGGGGACAGCAAGGGGGACAACAAGGGGAGCCGCAAGGGGACCAGCAGCAAGAGGGGCAAAACCAAGGGGGGCCCGGGCGGGCAGAACCUACGAAAACGACACUGCGGCUGCUGUCGUUUCUGGAGGAUGACGAUUCGAUCCACAGGUCGCAGUGGCAGGGGUGGGGCGAGGCGGAAUAUAGCGACCUCUUCUCUCCGAGUGUGUUUAAGGUGCAGUGCCACGUGUGGCCCACCCACGACGCUUAUAUGCAGACGCUCGAGCCUGCUUAUAUCGUGGACGCGGUCGCAAAUAACAGCUAUCUAUGGCAUAACAUUAUCGAGUGCCCACUGCCACCGUACGCCGAGCUUAUGACUGGUAACGAGACCGUUUCAAGUGAACCAGCCAGCUCCGCUGCUCCUCCCUCUGAUCCAUCUGCGGCUCCUGCGUCUGUGAGCGGUCGAGAGCAGUUGGGAACGGCAGAGGGGAGGCGGUGGGCGGUGCAUCACUGGCAGCAGGUGCAGGUGCAACUGGUGGCGGCAGAGGAUGGGGCAGACCUGCGCAUGCCACCGCUGCUGCUGUGCCGCGCUGACAGCGACAAACACACCCUCGCCUCCUCCCCCCUCUCCCUCUCCCUCACUUCCUCCCACCACACCACUGCUGCUGCUGCUACGGCCCAGACCAUCCCUGUCUCCUUCCCUCCGCCGUUUCCGUUUGCAGCAAAGGAAAAAGAAUUGGCUGCUCUGGCUGUUGCUGGGGCUGCUGCUGAGGCUGCUGCAGCUGCUGUGAAGGGUGCUAAGGGUGGCUCUGGAGGUUCGGCAGGCUCAAAGGCCGCUGCAGGCUUGGGAAGUGGCUCGGAGCUGGUUCGGUUUAUGGCGGAGGCUGAGGGAGGGGCGAACGGCACAGAUAGAGCUUCUGGUGGGGAAGCAAGUAGUUUGGAUAACUUGCUUGUAAAUUACGAGGAUGCUGCUACUAACGAGGAUGAGGAAGGCAGCAGCAGCAGCAGGAGUGCGAGUAUGGGAGCAGUGAGCAUCUGCCUGCGCCCCGUGCACAAGCGGCAGAUGUUCUCCGACAACGUUGCUGUCUCAGACACACGCCUGCUGGAGUGGAUCGACGCGUGUCUGCUGAUGGGAGUGGAUCGCAUCUAUGUGUACGACCGCUACGCCACGCACAUACGCGCGCUGCUCUGGCCGUACAUUGCCCGGGGGCAGGUGGUGCACAUGCCGUUCCCCAACUGGAGCGAGGUGUUCUUUAGACAAGCGCAGUACGACGGCAAGGCCAAGAAGCCCUACGCGGUGAGUCGGUGUCUUGCUUGCUUGCUUGCUGUCUAUAUGGGGGUUCUGUGCCUACUUGAGUGGAUCGACGCGUGUCUGCUGAUGGGAGUGGAUCGCAUCUAUGUGUACGACCGCUACGCCACGCACAUACGCGCGCUGCUGUGGGAGUAUAUAGCUAGAGGGCAGGUGGUGCACGUGCCGUUCCCCAAUUGGAGCGAGGUGUUCUAUCGCCAAGCGCAGUACGACGGGAGGGCCAAGAAGCCCUACGCGAGGGGGGUUCUGUGCCUGCUUGGGUGGAUAUACGCCUCUCUCUCUGUCUGUCUGCUGAUGGGAGUGGAUCGCAUCUAUGUGUACGACCGCUACGCCACGCACAUACGCGCGCUGCUCUGGCCGUACAUUGCCCGGGGGCAGGUGGUGCACAUGCCGUUCCCCAACUGGAGCGAGGUGUUCUUUAGACAAGCGCAGUACGACGGCAAGGCCAAGAAGCCCUACGCGGUGAGUCGGUGUCUUGCUUGCUUGCUUGCUGUCUAUAUGGGGGUUCUGUGCCUACUUGAGUGGAUCGACGCGUGUCUGCUGAUGGGAGUGGAUCGCAUCUAUGUGUACGACCGCUACGCCACGCACAUACGCGCGCUGCUGUGGGAGUAUAUAGCUAGAGGGCAGGUGGUGCACGUGCCGUUCCCCAAUUGGAGCGAGGUGUUCUAUCGCCAAGCGCAGUACGACGGGAGGGCCAAGAAGCCCUACGCGUUCCCAGACAUAUACGACCAGGUGAUCGCAUUUGAGCACUGCAUGAUGCUGGGGCGGAGGUUCGGCGACAGGUGGCAGCUGCAGAUUGACAGCGACGAGUUCAUCUGGUACCACCCCCAAGCUGGGGGGUUCCUCAAGCCGCUGCUAGCGAGGAUAGAGGUCAACCACGCCAAGGCACCAGGCAGCAGGCAACCCCUCCGGGCGAUUCUGAUGAGGAGGUUCAACUUCUGGGGAGUGAAGAAGGAGUCACGAGGUGAUCCCGUGUCCGACAGGCUCCAGUGGCGCUGCAGCGAGCCCAUGUGGCACACCAAGACGUGGGUCGGCUGGCACGACAAGGUGGCCGUCAACCCGCAGACGCUCCUCCCCUACUCUAUAUCCAUCCACAACACGUUCAGCCCACCAGAAGAAAUGGCAACAGCGCCCCCAGAAAUUCUCCACCUGAACCACUACACGUCGCGGGAGGUGGAUCUCAAAGAGCCGCCCUGCAACGCCACAGUCAAGCCUAUUGAAGACCCCAGCCUCUUCUGGGCCCGCAACCGCACAAUGGAGUGCAAAGCGGUGCGGUGCGGUGGGAGUGUUGACACCCCGGUGGAGUGCUGGCCCUUCUGCCAGUUGCCAUGGGCGGGUCAGGACAAGAAUAGGUAG